AUGCCACAUCUGCACGCAACCUACUCCCCUAGCGCACCACGCUCCUGUCAAGAAAUCCCAAGCUCCAAUAAACACCCCGCCAAUGCGCUAAGCGAGCACCGCCCCCCUGAAAUCCAGACUCUCCCCGCGGUUUCCCCAGACUUCGUGAGGGAGAUCUCGGCCUGGGCUUGGGGCUUCUCCGGUAUGGAGGUGUGA